CCCCGAUAAUCGAUAGUACUUUGCGAGAGUUGGCAGGUUAUCUGAAAAGCUUGAGGGUGAAAAGUGUGAUAGGUGUAAGCGGUGUAAGUGGGUGAAUAUUAGUUUUCUUCUGCAGUUUUUGAUAUUAACAGGCAACUUAAAAUAGGCUAUGAGAUGUGUGCCAAAAUGGCAUUUCAGCACCAGGCAGGGACGGCGAUGGAAUGCCUUAGCAUUCCUAUCACGCUGCAUAAGGAGCCAGGGCUGGAUCCAGAGGGCAGGGAGGUCUUGAAGUGUGGCUUCAAGAUUGGUGGUGGGAUAGACCAAGACUACAGGAAAAGUCCCCAGGGGUACACGGACAAUGGCAUAUAUGUAACAGAGGUGCAUGAUGCAAGUCCUGCAGCGAAGUCAGGACUUCGAAUGCAUGACAAAAUAUUACAGUGUAAUGGUUAUGAUUUCACAAUGGUGACUCAUAAAAAGGCAGUGGACUACAUUAAGAAACACCCUGUGCUGAACCUACUGGUUGCAAGGAAGGGCGUCACAUCAACGUGAUGGUGUACUCCAUGGCGUAGUUACCGUUAUGUACCUGCUGCUGUGUCACUCUCACCCUUCUGUUCAUAACUUCUCGAGCCUGUGUUGAUGUGAAAUACAUACGUCUGUCUCUAGGGGAAAGUUAAUGGCCAGCUUUGUCUUUGCAGAAAGCUGUGUUAAUGGCAUUUAGUAGGAGGCUGGAUAGACUAUGUUGUCUUCCAGACUUAGCAGGUUCUGAAGAUACUGUCUUCUGGGAUGUGACAUAGUGUACACUGGUAAAUAUUUACCAAUGAUUUGGAGAACCUGGUGCCUCCAUAUUCUACCCUGAAGAUGGAGUCAGCAAGUUCCUCGAAAAUAUUGGUCAGUAUCUACCAGGCUGCAUAGUGUUAGAUCCCAGUCACUGUUGUGAGAACCUCAAACCUCACAUCCUGUUAGAAUAAAAAUUCUGGCCUUUGCUGCCUGUGACAUUGACUGUGAUAACAUGGUUACAAGAGAUUAUAAGGCAGGCUUAGUUAAUUUCUUUCCCCUUCAGUCAGUUUAUCCUUUCUUCUUUGCUUCCCUGUAUGUGUCUUUUGGUACAACUGGCUGUUGGUUGGAUUCAGAAAUCUACAUGUGUCUUAUGGAAUGCACAUGUAUGUGCAAGCUUAGACAGUCUAGUGUUGCAUUUCUUUCAGUACAAAUACCAGUACUCCCAAGUUAAUAUCCAGCAUUUAUCUGCAAGUCUUGGAUCAUGUUUUUAAGUAUUAAUAUAAGAGUGAUGUUAACUCCCCUCCAUUAAAAUAUGGCUGUCAUUCCUGUAGUAGUAGUAGGGAAAUUAAACCCCCUAUUCCUGGACAGCAAAGGUUAUACUAGUAGUUCGAAGUCUAACUUUCUUUUUAAUGCUAGUGGGGUGGGACUAAGUCCCUUGUACUGCGGCCACUUCUGGCCUUUUGUGCCAGCCCCA